AUUAAACAAAGGAGCUCGAGGGGAACCUUUAAUACGGAGGAGAAACCGGAAGUGAGGUCACACUGUGAUUCUCAACGAGGGUCGAUGACGUGACGUGAGGCUGCGCGACAGGUUUAUGAUGGGACCGUUACUGAUUCUGUAGCCAUGCAGUCGGUGCUGGGCUCCGAACAUCAGAAAUUCGUUACUUCUGCUUCAUGUGCCGUUUGGCCAGUGGAACUCAAGUUAACUCACUUAGACUGGAACUCGGACGCAACCUUAAUACACUUCCAGGGACAUUACCUUACCAUAUCUGACCAUGACUAUAACAUCUUGCAAGGAGAAAUACAGAACGUACCAAAGACUAGCGCUGAAGUGGAUAUUGGAGAGUUUUGUAUUGUGGAAGAUUUGUGUUCAGGCCGCUGGUACAGAGGAAGGGUUCAGAACCGCAAAAAGGACUUGUUUGAGGUUUUCCUCAUCGACCACGGGAACGUUUUGAGUGUCAACAUCGCUCACAUAUCUCCCUGUUCAAAUGACCUGUUCAUCCUGCCUCCCAAGAUAAUUUGUGGCUUUCUUGCAAAUGUGCUGCUGCUUGAUGGCGGUUCUCAUUCUGUGUUAGAGAAGUACUUCUCAAGCCUGAUGGGAAGAAAUGUCACAGGGUACAUCCAAGCCCUCUUGCCCCACAAAGUGGUCUUGUUGGAAGCCCCUGACAUUAACAAUGACCUUGUUAGACAUGGCUUUGGGAGGCAUAUGGACACAGAUACUUUCCUGUUCUUGGUUGGGAUGCUCACAGAGGUGCCGCUCAAACGAAACAUGAAGCCAAUUCCUGACUUACUCCUUGAAAAGCCAUGUGAGCAAGAACUUAGCUUCAACCCGUCUGGUUUGCAGGGAUACAAAGACGUUCUGUCUCUCUGUGGGCCUAGAUUGGGUUGUGGGACACGUGCUAAAGUGCGUGUAACUGCUGCCAUUAACCCUCAGCUGUUUUAUUGUCGGAAGACUAGUAUGGAAACAGAUCUUUGCGAAAUGUCAACAAAACUGGCUGCAGUUAAUGAGCGACAAUCCCAAAAACACGACCAGAAGACUUCAGAAAACCUGGGUUUGCUCUGCUCAGUCAAAGGCAAAGAUGGAAAGUGGCACAGAGGCUAUGUGCAGUUUCUCCCAGUCAACUCUCAACUUCGAGUUUUGUUCAUUGACUAUGGAGUCUUUGAAUCCGUUGAUGUUGAGAAUGUGCACAGGUUGCCAACUGACUUGUUUUCAACACCUGUCAUGGCAUUCCCAUGCUCGCUCUCCUCGCUGAAUGAUCAGGAUGAGGCUGUUAAAACUCAGCAGUUGAAUUUUCUCAAGGCAGGCUUGCUUGGAAAAGUGUUGGAUGUGGAAAUCCAAGGUUUUGACGAAAGGCAACACCUGUACUCUGUCAAAUUGAUUGGUGCUGAAGAUAAUGAUAUGAAGGAACCAACACUUAUUCAAGAGCUUCCUAGCAAGACAGUUGAGUCAGUUCUUGAGGAAAAUCCGUCACCUCGCUGUGGCCAUUUUUACUAUGAGACAGUCAUGGCAAAAGCAGUGUGUAAAACACUUGAAGCAGAAGGGCUCCAAGUAGACUCUGACUUUGUGGGGUAUGUCGAGUAUGCACAGAAUCCAAGCCACUUUUGGAUCAGAACACAAAAGCGUAAUGAUGAGUUUCAAGAAAUGAUGAAAAAAAUGGCAGAUUCCUUCAAACAAGUGAAACUGGAUGAAGACGUGCUGUUGAAUCCUGACAUUGGGACACUGUGUUGUGCAGUGUAUGAGGAAGACAUGCAUUUCUACAGGGGUGUAGUGACAGACACUCUUGAGCAUGGAUCUGAAGUUCUUUUUAUUGAUUUUGGGAACAUUCAGAAAGUGCCACAUAUGUUGAUCAAGAAGAUACCUGAGACAUUUGCAAACAUACCAGCAUUUGCCUUCUGUUGCAGUCUUGUUAAUGUUUCUCCGUUCGAUGAAAUGUGGACCAGCACCACCUCAGACAUUUUCAGACAAGCCGUGUCAAACAAAGCCCUGCUUGUCCAUGUGGUGGAAAUAAAAAACAAACAAUUGGUUGUUGAUCUCCAUGACAUGGAAAGUAAAAACCACCAAAGUAUCAUGGAGUCCCUGAUCUCUUCAAAAAAAGCUGAAUAUUGGAACAACAUUGCCAUAACACCUGUGGUGCGAAACAGCAUACAUUUGACAGAAGAAAAGGAGCCCCCAAAAUUAGGUGUGACAUCAAACACCUGUGAGAAUACAGAUUGUGAGAAGGAAGAGAAAACGUGCAACAUUCAAACUGAGAACGGCCAAGCACCUGCUCGCUUCAAAGCCUUGAGCAUCACGCCAGGGUGUAAUAUUGCUGUGACCUGCUCUUGCGUUAAGUCUCCAUCAGAGAUCUGGUGCCAGCCUCAAGAUAAUCUUCCAGGUUUGGAGGAACUGAUGAAUAAAGUCAAUCAAUAUUACUCAACUCGGAUGGUUCCCGUCCGAUCAGGGGAUUUGUGUUGUGUCGCCAAGUCACCUCUAGAUGGAAGAUGGUACAGGGCCUUCAUCACAGAUAAAUACAACGGUUAUGCCACGGUGAUGUUUGUUGACUAUGGUUUUACCAUCCAAAUCAAGGAGCAACAUCUUCAGGCAAUAAUACCUGAACAUUUCUAUUUGGAAAAACAAGCUUUCAGGUGCUGCCUUAACGACCUGAUUGAACCUGCUGACCCAGAGAACAAUGGGGAUUGGGGUCCGGAUGUGUGUAAAACACUGAAAGAGUUAGUCCUCAACUGCGCCAGUGGUUUAAGUUGUAAAGUUGUCUCACAGUUGAAUGUGAGGAACAAAGGGCUCUGCAAUGUCGUGGAACUCUACAACACCCGAACCCGUCAGAGGCUAACCAAUUUGCUCCUGGACUGGUGUGAGCCAAGGGAAGGGCCAAACUCGGGAAAGCUGUCAACUGUGAUUCCGGAGUGCUUUGUCUGCUCUUCACAUGGUCUAAGUCCUGGAGAUGAGGAGCAAGUCUUCAUCACUCAUGUUGGCAUUCAGUGGGAAGUCUACUGCCACCUUCAGAGAAACGCUGAAAUCAUUGACGAGCUCGAACAGAAAAUCGCAGAGGAGAGUGAGAAAUGUAUACAAGCCAGUACGAGAGUUGUUGGGAGUAGGCUAGCCCUGGCAAAAUACUUCGAUGGCAAAUGGUACAGGGGCUUGGCACAUCCUGUUCAGUCCCCUCGCCAUCUCGGUGUGUUUUUUGUGGAUUAUGGUAACACAAAUGUAUCUGAGAAGACCAAUGUGAUAUCCAUCCCCAGAGAUUCUGUUGAUUUGUUGGACACACCCAUGCAGGCUGUGAAAUUCCACCUUGCUUCAGUGUCCACGAAAGAGUUCUAUGCAGAUGUGAAAGAAUGGCUUGAUGCUGCAAUCCUCAACAAGGAAGUCAGAGCUGUCAUAGUUGGAAAGGGCAAAGAUGGUUCAUUUGAUGUUGAACUGUUUGAUGGGGAUGUUAACAUCAAUGAGAAGGUAAAGGACCUCGUUCUCAGUCUUUCGCCAAAACCAACGACAGUUGUGAGUUCUGACCUGAGCCGCACAAAGAAAGAACCUCAAACUCUCCAAACGAGAUGCACAAAGCCUUCAGUUAAGUGCAGGGAAGUCAGCCAAAUCCCUAGCAAACAGAGGGUUUCAAAGCGCCCCGAAUUGAAAGCAUUGGGAUGUGCUGAAGUUAAGAAAAAAAACACAAAACAUCAUGUUCGUAGUAAACAGCACAAACAUGCAGAGGAAACUGAGAUCCCUCAGCUCUGUUUGCCAGACAUGACGAUUAGCGCAGGUUUCAGGGCGAUGUGUUUCGUCUCCCACAUUAACUCUGUCAACAACUUUUUUCUUCAACUGUCUGAGGAUGAACCUGCCAUUUUGAAAAUGGGCGAAAAGCUAAACUUGAAAAACUUCAGAGAUUCCUUAAACCCUGCUCCAUCUUUGAGACUAAAUGACUUGGUUCUGGCUGAGUAUGAGGAAGACGGAGCUCUGUAUCGUUCCGCUGUGAAGAACUGUGGGACCCGCUUUGAAGUUGAGUUUGUGGACUAUGGAAACAACGCAGUCAUGGGCAAGGACAAGAUCUACUCCAUACCAAAGGAGUAUCUCUCUCAUCCACGGUUCAGCAUAUCGUGCUCCUUGUUGGACACAAGUAUGUACACAAGUGAUGUUUCUUUCACUGAUACUGUAAUGACGAAGCCUCUCAUGGUUGAUUUUGUCCGUCAUGAAGUCCAUUGGAAAGUGAAGCUUGAGAUUCUUGAUGAAGCGGUCUGUGUUCCAGCAGCACUGGAAGCAGCUUUGGAAAGUGGCCCCGAAAAUGAAAGGGGAGAGGAGUCUCCUGCAGAUUCAUUUGGAAUGGAAGAGGAAUCAAGAUCCUGUGAGCAGAAUCUCCUCACAAAAAAAGUGAGUGAGAAAAAAACACGCCAAUCCGAAGGAACCACUACUGAUGAAGAAAACCUUGUGCCAAAACCAACCCACGCCCCACUAUCCACUACAGUAGGAGAACCAAGAGAAGCCACCUUAAACAAAGGAGAUUCAUUGGAGAAUCCAAGUACAUUCACAAAAGGCCUAGUGAAUACGAAAAGUGAUUGGGCCGAUGCCAUAAUACCUCCGUCUAUUCAGGCCAACGACACAGAGAUUAGUACAGUUUUGUCUGUAAUGAGUAACAGCAACUUUUACGCCAGACUAAAUAAGACCAGUCUACUGCUAAUCGCAUUGGAAAACUGUAUCGCUGACAACCUACACAAGUGCAAGAUGGUAGCAUACGAGGAUGUCAAACAAGGCCUCAAGUGCUUAGUUGAGGUGGACCAGCGGUGGCACAGGGCUGUUGUUCAAGGUGUAGGCUUGGAAACAUGCCAGCUCCUCCUUGUCGAUCGUGGAAUGACUGAGCGAAUUCCAAGAGGGUCGAUCCGGCGCCAGUGUAGAGCGCUGACAAAAAUCCCCCACCUUGCAGUUUUGUGCAAGGUGAACUGCAUUGGGUUCAGUGAGGGAGAGGCUUCUCCUGGGCUGUGGUGUGAAAUACUCAAACCAAUGAUUGGCAGAGAAGUCCAACUGGUGUUUGUGUGCUUUUCAGAAGCUGACAAACUAUGGACGGUUGAAAUAAUUAUGAAUGGACUGUUUGUUCUUCAUCAAAUCCCAACCUCACUGCGGCAGAAUGAAGAGCUGGUGCCGUCAACUGCUGAGACCUUAAGAAGUGAAAAAGCAGAAGCCGAAUUAAACGCAGACACGAGGCCCCCUCAGCGUCUUACCUUUGCUCCUGUAGAUUUAGACACUCCCUAUUCUGGGUUCGCUGCUGCAGUGACGACGCCCUUCAAGUUCUGCAUCAUUCUGGAGGACUUUCUUCUCGUCAUGAACAAAGUAUCCUUAUUAUUGGACAACCUCCCUGAGGAAAUGUCUCCCCUUCCCGAAGCCCACCUCGUCCCGGGCACCUGCUGCCUGUUUAAAUCCAACACGAAGAGUAAGUGUUGCCGGGCCGAAAUCACAGAAGUUAACACCACAGCAGUCUUAAACCUGGUGGAUUACGGCCACUACGAGUGCAUCCCGUACCACGACUGCUCCAAGCUGAAAAGGGCUCCUGAGGAGAUAACAAACCUCCCAAAGGUGGAGUACCCUUGCGUUCUGCGAGGGGUGAAGCCAGUUGGAGUAGAUGGACAGUGGACCAAUGAAGCAGCAGUCUUCUUCCAGCAGUGUUUGUUCCAGAAAAACCUUCAGAUCAUCUUCAGGGAGUUUGUAUUAAACACACACUGGAAAGUGGACAUCCUGGCAGAUGGUACCCAUGUUGCCAAGGAGCUGGUGGAUGCGGGACACGCCAAUUACAUGGACAUCACGCUAGGACUGAGGUUCCAGGAGCAGGGCCCCCGUAGAGCAGCUCCUGGUAGCCCUGACAGUGAGGAAGAGUGUGGCCAGGAACAUGAUGGCUUCAACGGGAAUCGUGUUGAGCACCGACAUCACAUCGAUUCCAUUCGUUCUAAUUAAUAUUAAUCCAUGUGGGACAAUUGUCGUUUCUCGCACUUUAAGACAAGUGGCCGUGUAAUGUUGCUCUAUUUAUUUUGUUGUGUUGACCUAAUUUGAGUUCCUUCCAAUAAUGUUGCUUGAAAGAAAAGUAUAAUUGAAAGGUUUGUAAAGACUUCUAUUUGGUGUUCUCCUCAUGCAGGUUCUUCACAAAAAUAAUGCUUUACUACAUUUUUUGUAACUACUGUUCAUAGUGUUUGUUUAAAAAUAUAUAUGAAGUUGCUCAUUAAGAACUACAGUGUUGGUUUUGGCAAGGUGAAAAAAUCUACAAUUAUUUUCUUAUUUCUAAAUUACACCUUUUUAUAGGAAGUUCCUAUAUUGAUCUUUGUUCUAUUUUAGUUUUUAAGUAUUCUUUUCAGAAUAAAAAAAAAGGUUUGGCUCAAUCUUGGAAAAAUUAAUGGAAAAAUGCUUUUCAGUUGCAACCUAAAUGUUAGUUUAUACUUUUGCUUUCAUACGCUUUGUUCUCCUAACAGGUGGAACGGUUAAUUUAGCAGUGUGGGAUAACGGAAAUGUACCGACAUUACCCGUAAAGAAAUGUCCUGUUUGCUUCACCUCCAGAGAGCAGUGUUGAGCCGUGGCUGGUUCAUUGUAAGAUGCAUUCAACCAGUGUUAACUAAUGUCUAUUUAGAUCAGUUUUAGUGAAUGUACAACUAACAUUAUAAUAUAAUAUGCAAUGAUUAACCCCAAAUAAACAAAGAAAAAGGAUGAAUAACGUCACUUCUUUAGUU